GUCCAGCUGAUGGACGUUGGGGGGGUCCCAUUGCCUGCGGCCUGUCACAUCCCCUCCUCUGACUGCCACCUUCCAGAGCUGGGCCCAGCCUUCCUUCAGUACCCUCCAGCCGUGCCGCUGAGGCCCGGCCCUCUCUGCCUGGAGGUGGGGGCCGCCAGGAUGAGCAAGCUGUCCAGGGAGCCGGUCUGUGACCUGGAGCGCAGCCUGCCAGCCGUGGCCUCCCUCGGCUCGUCGCUGUCCCACAGCCAGAGCCUCUCCUCGCGUUUCCUCCCGCCGCCUCGCGAGAAGCGCCGGGCCAUCUCCGACGUCCGCCGCACCUUCUGCCUCUUUGUCACCUUCGACCUGCUUUUCAUCUCCCUGCUCUGGAUCAUUGAGCUGAACACCAACACAGGCAUCCAGAGGAACCUGGAGCAGGAGAUCAUCCACUACAGCUUUAAAACUUCCUUCUUUGACAUCUUUGUCCUGGCCUUCUUCCGCUUCUCCGGACUGCUCCUGGGCUAUGCUGUGCUGCGGCUCCGGCACUGGUGGGUGAUUGCGGUCACCACGCUGGUGUCCAGUGCAUUCCUCAUUGUCAAGGUCAUCCUCUCUGAGCUGCUCAGCAAAGGGGCCUUCGGCUACUUGCUCCCUAUCGUCUCCUUCGUCCUCGCCUGGUUGGAGACCUGGUUCCUUGACUUCAAAGUCCUACCCCAGGAGGCUGAGGAGGAGCGAUGGUAUCUUGCUGCCCAGGCUGCUGUCGCCCGAGGACCCUUGCUCUUCUCCGGCGCCCUGUCCGAGGGCCAGUUCUAUUCACCCCCAGAAUCCUUUGCAGGGUCUGACAAUGAAUCAGAUGAAGAAGUUGUUGGGAAGAAAGGCUUCUCUGCCCAGGAACGGGAGUACAUCCUCCAGGGGAAGGAGGCUAUGGCGGUGGUGGACCAGAUCUUGGCCCAGGAGGAGAACUGGAAGUUUGAGAAGAAUAAUGCUCCCCUCUGCCCACCUCCCUGCCACCCUUCUGUCCCUGCCACAGGAAUAUGGGGACACUGUGUACACCAUCGAGGUUCCCUUUCAUGGCAAGACCUUCAUCCUGAAGACCUUCCUGCCCUGCCCCGCGGAGCUGGUGUACCAGGAGGUGAUCCUGCAGCCCGAGAGGAUGGUGCUGUGGAACAAGACGGUGACAGCCUGCCAGAUCCUGCAGCGAGUAGAAGACAACACCCUCAUCUCCUACGAUGUGUCUUCGGGGGCCGCGGGUGGUGUGGUCUCCCCCAGGGACUUCGUGAACGUCCGACGCAUCGAGCGGCGCAGAGACCGAUACCUGUCAUCGGGCAUUGCCACCACCCACUGCGCCAAGCCCCCGACACACAAAUAUGUCAGGGGAGAGAAUGGUCCUGGGGGCUUCAUCGUGCUCAAGUCAGCCAGUAACCCUGGAGUCUGCACCUUCAUCUGGAUCCUUAAUGCAGAUCUCAAGGGCCGCCUGCCCCGGUACCUCAUCCACCAGAGCCUCGCAGCCACCAUGUUUGAAUUUGCCUUUCAUCUGCGGCAGCGCAUCGGAGAGCUGGGUGCACGGGCAUGAGCAUGCCCCCUCACCACCCUGCGGGCCGGGGUCCUGUCGCCAUGGCCUCCAGAGCCAGAGGACGGGCCGUUUGGGCUUCCCGCUGCCCACAGAGGACCUGGCCUCAAACAGUGGGGAGGAAGGAGCUUCCUCCCACAGCAGGCCCUCAGCCCCAAGCUGCCACCCUCCACGUGCUUCACUGUGCCUGGGAGCCCUGGCCGUGGGCAGGUCGAGAGCUCAAGCAUCUGACUCUGCUGCUGAGGCCAGUGGGGUCCGUCCUGCCGACGUUUACAUGGUGUCCCUGCCUCCCGGAAGAGGAGAUCCGCUGUCCCCACCUGGCCAGGCCGGGGUCUGGAAUGGGAACCUCGGACUUGGUGGGGGAGGACCCUGGGCAGGACAGAAGUCAGGGCAGCCUUGUCACCAGUGUGAAGGCGCAGGAGCCCCUUCAUCCACCUGCUCUCUCAUCAUGGUGUUUUAGGACUAUUUAAAGGGUCUGGGACCUUUGUCCACUUGCACUUGGGAUGUAGGUGGCAGGUGGGAGUGGUGGGUGCUGGCAGGGAGCCUGCCUCUCCCAGGUUCUCUCCAGGUUGCCUCCCCCCGCCCAGGGCCUCCUUGGGGACCUUUGUAAUUUGAGCCAAUUAAAAACAUGAACUCAAAAAAAAAAAAAAAAAAAAAAAAGCAGUCCUUCCAGCCUGGCCUCUUGAGGGAAGAGAAGGGCAGCACCGUGGAGGCGGGGAAGGAACCACUGCUGCAGCCACCAACCGCAUCACACAGCCUCUCAGAGCCUCUCAGAGCCAGGAUGGAGCCAGUGGAGACCCAGUUCCUGGAACCCCCCCCCCCAACUUUCUUGAAUGGUUCAGCUGGGCAGAUGACUGGUCAGAGAAAAAUUCCCCGCCUCCCUGUCGGGUCUCCUGUGAGGGAAGGUCAGGUUAAGGUCUCCAGCCCAGGAUUGGGAGGAGGGAGGUAGGGAGAGACCUGGCAGUACCCACAGCAGGCCUUGGUUGCCCCUGGGGUCCCAAGGCUGGGGUCUGGGGGGAGCCUGGACGUGGAGACUGGCCUUCCAGGUCACUGAUGCACCUCCGGGAUCCCGGCCUCUGGGCUCCACUUAACCUCCCGUCUCUGCCCCAUCACACUGGGGCCACUGGAAAACCUGCCCUCCUCCCUCCCUGCCUUCAGGCUUCCCGAGGAGCUGACUUGCUUAGAGCCAGGGGUGGGGGCGGGGUCUCCUCUUGGUCCUGGCUAGGUGUG